UGCGGGCCGAGUUCCGUCUUUGCUUCGGCUUCAGUCGGAGCUGUUCGUGUGUCGUCGGGCUCAGCCGGUGGGAGAGAGCGCAUCGGCUCUUAGCGCCGGAGACAAGCGCCAUUCAUGUGAGCAGACGGCAGGCACACCUGGUCGGACCGACGGCACCACUUUAGCCACUGAAACAGCCCCACACAGGACCCAGGUUAAUCACUAAAGGAAUGCGGUGCCAUUAGGACAGGAGCCCAGAGCAGAAAGUUCAUAUCGACUUGAAGUUAAUUUUCACCAGCUUGGCGUGUCAAAAAGGAAUCAUGGCUACAGGCGGGUUUAAGUCCAACGCCGCGACGGACUUUUUGGAGGAAUGGAAGGCAAAGCGGGAGAAAAUGAGAGCCAAAAUGCUCGGGGAGAUUGCCGCAGCGUCUACUGGCCCCUUGGGUGCUAGUAACACAAAUAGCACCAGCAGGCAGCCAGGCACCGAGCUCCCCAACAACGGAAACCCGGACAGAAGCGCCUCCUCUGGGAAUUGCUUCCCCUCCUCCUACUCGGUGGCUCGGUCCUCCUCCGGAACGGCUCUAAAGAGACCCGAGGAGGAGACGCACCACUUUGCGCACCCUCCCGCUUCCAUAGCCUCCCCGGUUUGCAACCUGAAGAAGGCCCCGCCUCAGACGGAAAAGGCUCGGUGCGCUUCCCCGGACCCCAGAUCCAUGGCUUGCAAUGACAGUGACAAGGAAAGUCCAUCUCCCAGCAAGAGCAAGGAUAAGAAGAGCGCAGGGCCCAGCGCCAGGAAGGGGAAAGGACAAAUAGAGAAGAGGAAGCUGAGGGAAAAGAGGAGAUCAACAGGUGUUGUCAGUAUACCAUCCAAUGAGAGCCUGGAUGAGCUGGACGAUGAUGAUGGUGCAGGGGAGAAGGACAGGAGGGAGGAGCAGACCCUGGUUCAGGCCAACACUUUCCAGAAUGAGGCCAUGAUAGCUGACCCCACCUCUGGCCACCUAAUGGAUACCCCGAGACCUGGAAGCGGCCGUCACAAAAGCUCUACAGGACCAGGAUCUGAGGAGGAGGUGGGUGGGAACAGCAGACAGCGACACAUCCGUCACAGCAGAGACGGAGGAGCUGCUGCACCAGGAAGUCUGGAGAAGAGGAUAGAGGAGCUGGAGAAGGAGCUGGCCAGAGAGCGCCAGGAGAGCGCCAGGCUGCUGAAAGCCCACCAGGACAAAGAUGAGCUCAUCGGGAAGCUGAAAGAGGAAAUCGACUUGCUGAACAGAGAUCUGGAUGACAUCGAAGAUGAGAACGAGCAACUCAAACAGGAGAACAAGACUCUGCUGAAAGUGGUGGGGCAGCUGACGAGGUAGAACCACCCUGACGAAUGGAGCAUCUCUGCUCUCUCCCCUCUCCGUGCCGCUCGCCAUGGGUCAAGCCCACCAGUGUGGCCUUUUAUCUGUUUGAUUCUGUAGUCAUCCGCAGAGCCCUAACACGCAUCCCCCCAGGAGGAUUUAUUCCAUUUGUUCUGAAAGCUGAGUGAACUAAGGGCUAACAUUCUCCUGAUACUUUCUCAUGGGGAUUGUCUGUCAUCAUACACAUAUUUAAUGUAAAUCUAUUGUAUAUAGGCCAUUUAGAUUUGUUCAGUGUUUUGGCAAGGUCUUAAAAGUUAAAUGAAUGUACUUGCUGCGAAUACAAGUGCACACAGUCUUUGUAAAGUUGAUUAGUUGUUUAAAAGUACUAUAAUUCCAUAUCUGUCCACACAUCAGUCACCCAGGUCCAUUUAAAAAGAUCUGCACUGUUGCAAAGUGUGAACUGUGUCUGAGGCCAGUGCACAGCUACUGUCUAGCAACACAAAUUCAACACAAUUGCUGCUACAGUACCAGCAACCAAAGUGGCCACAGUGCCUGUGAGAGGAAAAACAGAUGAACCUGGUGCUUUAUUAAUUCCAGGUUUACUUCCUUCCAACAAUUUCUUGGUACAUUUGAAUCCCACUGGUGCAUCUCCAAACUUGAAUGAAGAAAAUAUCGUUUUAAUAAUAAUUUUAAAUAUUUCCAAUUUAAUAAAUAAAGUGGGCACAACUGAGACUUUAUAUCAGUUUUAUGCUUUACGCAUUUCAAUGUUGAUUUCUUGAGUAUUACACCUGUUACUGAUGAAAUGUUUGGGGGUGGAACUCUUGUCUAGUAUAUAUGUGGAUUCUGUUUUUAAUGCCUUUUGCUCUCGUUUACAAGUUAAGGUCUGUGUGAUAUUUGAUAGAGAUGUAGCUCCUCUGUUUAUAGCAAACAAGAUACGUGAGCUACAGUACAGUGCUUUUUUGACAAUCAAAUGACCUGAAAGAACAUACUAUUUGAACUGCGUUUCUCGUGUUGACUCAAGGGAACGGGCUUGGCUGGUAGCAGUGUUAUAUUUUGUGUGUUUUAGAUCAUUUGCUUCUGCCGAAGAGCUGCUCACUGAGCUCGUGCCACGGAAAAUCUUCUGUAGCGUUUAGACGUUCAACUGACAGCUGUGCUUCCACAUACAGUACAUGCACGCAUUUUGGGGUAAAUCACAUCCUCCCACACACAGACACUACAGACCCAUCUUUCUUUCCAUUACAUUAUGCAUGUACAGAAGAUUAAGUCAUUUAAUAAAAGUUUGAUUAUCUCUC